AUGGGAACAAAUCUCAGCAUUCCCAGAACUGAAAAGUUCUCUGAAGAUGGUGAAAAUGACAAUCUUAGAUAUGGAUUAUCAUCUAUGCAAGGUUGGCGUGCAACAAUGGAAGAUGCACACGCUGCUCAUCUUGAUGUGGAUUCAUCCACUUCGUUUUUUGGAGUUUAUGAUGGUCAUGGAGGCAAGGCAGUUGCAAAGUUUUGUGCCAAGUAUCUUCACCAACAGGUACUCAAGAGUGAAGAAUACAUAGCUGGAGAUGUUGGAACAUCUCUUCAGAAAGCAUUUUUCAGAAUGGACGAGAUGAUGCGUGGUCAAAGGGGGUGGAGGGAAUUAGCAGUCUUGGGUGAUAAGGUAAAAGGAUUCAAUGGAAUGAUUGAAGGAUUGAUUCGGUCUCCAAGAAGCAGUGAUAAUAAUAAGGACCAAAAUGAUGAUUGGGGAUUUGAGAAGGGGCCUCAUUCUGAUUUUGAUGGACCAACUUCAGGAAGUACUGCCUGUGUCGCAAUCAUUAGAAACAACCUAAUUUUUGUCGCAAAUGCCGGCGAUUCUCGCUGCAUAAUAUCUAGGAAUGGCCAGGCUUACAAUUUGUCUAGAGACCACAAACCAGAACUUGCGAUUGAGAAGGAAAGAAUCUAUAAAGCUGGAGGUUUUAUUCACGCUGGACGAGUUAAUGGGAGUUUAAAUCUAGCAAGAGCUAUAGGUGACGUGGACUUCAAGAAUAAUAGAUUUCUUUCUGCUGAAAAACAAGUUGUCACCGCCAAUCCAGACAUAAACAUUGUUGACCUUCAUGACGAAGAUGAAUUUAUAGUGAUAGCUUGUGAUGGCAUAUGGGAUUGCCUGUCAAGCCAGCAAUUGGUAGAUUUUGUACGUCAAGAACUUCUCUUGGAUACCAAACUUUCCGAGGUUUGUGAAAGAGUCCUUGACCGGUGUUUGGCGCCAUCUUUGGCUAUGGGUGACGGAUGCGAUAACAUGACAAUGAUCUUGGUACAGUUCAAAAAACCAGUGCAGACAAGCGCAGCAGCGCAAGAACAAUCGUCUUCAAAUGAACAAGGUGCAUCUGAGCCAUGA